ACGAUUUCGCAAUACUUCGAGCAGCUCUUAGGUACAUUGUACUAAACAAAAAAAAACACAGACUUCAUCAACUAACUUAUAUGGUCAACGAAAAAACGGACAUUUACUCCCAACUUUUUAUACUUUGAUGGGCAAUUGACGACACCUUAAAAAAGCAGACAAGGUACGUCGUUGAUUUGACCCCAGUAACUCCAGUCGACAGGAGUGCAUCCAGACACCAAGCCCAUUCAUCCAGAGUGUCGCCCAACCAGCACGCCAGUCAUAGCAGACGGACGGUGAGACCAGUGGUCGUCAGAUCCAAACCAAAUGAGCAAGCGGUCGCAGCAGAAGAUAAACACGGAGCAGAACAGGGGGACUGUUAGUGUGAUCCAGGGCCAGGCUAGUGGAGCAACAACAUCAGGACCACCAGGAGGAAGCUUACAGCGGGUACCCCAGCUAGUCCCUGUGACCCCAGCCGGAGGAGGAGGAGGAGGAGGCAAGGCCACCCCACCACCCAGCAAGAUGAAGAAGACGUCGGGGGACAAGGACAGCGACGAGUACCGUCAGCGGCGGGAACGGAACAACCUGGCGGUUAAGAAGAGCCGGAUGAGAUCUAAGCAGAAGGCGCAGGACACGCAGCAACGUGUCAACGAGCUGAAAGAGGAGAACGAGAGGCUGGAAGCUAAGAUCAAGCUGCUCGGCAAAGAGCUGUCUGUCCUCAAGGACCUCUUCCUGGAACACGCCCACAACCUGGCCGACAACGUCCAAGCGCCUGGCGCGGAGGGGGCCAGCCCCGCCCACAACAACAACAACAACAAUGGGGCUUGUAACAACAAUAACAACAGCCAGUGAGAAGAGGGCAGGGACAUGAAAUAGGAUACCUCAUGGCACCCUAUUCCCCAUAGGGCUCUGGUCUAAAGUAGUGCACUACAUAGGGAAUAGGGUGCCAUAGGGCUCUGGUCUAAAGUAGUGCACUACAUAGGGAA